UCUUCUUAGGUGCGCUAAUGUGCGCGCUGGCGCAAGACUCAUUGUAUGCUUGCACACCAUACGUGCAUUGUCUUCAAUGUCAUUCACAUAUAUGCCUCAAAUUUGAGAAGCACGAAGAUACCAUCACAGUUCGUACCUGACAAGUGAUGGUGGUCCCGAAAUAGUGAAUGAUCUUUACCUACACCGUAGCUUCUCUCAGGAUAAUUUCGGCCAGUCGUUCUGCACUAUAUAACGAAACAACAUCCGUCGAUGUGAUGGGCCGUCGCACUUUCUUUUACGGUUUCACUAUCUUCGUCACUACCUGCGGCAGGCCAUCUCAGACAUCCCUUUUAUACAGGGCCUGAGCUUUCUCGCCUGCUCUUGGUUCGAGCUGGUCUCCCCUUUUCUACUUCACGCGGCGCGUGUCCAUGGAUUCAUCGGCCCUUCAGUUUCUUGCCAGGGAUGACGUGAGAUAUGGUUCGGAUGUUGUCUAUGACAGCGCACAUGCUGGAGGCAUUGCUAGUCUAGUCGUAGCGGGCGGACUAUCUGGGUUGGCUGUUCUGUUGGUGUUUGUGGUGGUUUCUAUUCGGUCUCCUACGUAUCACAAUACCCAUGUCAUUCCUUACUUCAUUUCUUUAUUGGUCGCCAAUGUGCUUGAAGCCGCCGGAACAUCUAUGAAUGCCUUGUGGGUGAUCAAACGAGCAGUCCAGCCUGGAUCAUAUUGUAGCUUCCAAGGUGCUAUAAAGCAAGCUGGUAAUGUCGGAAUGGCGCUCUGGUCCUUCGUGUUAGCGGCACAUCUGUUCAAUCUCCUUUUCCUGCGUUGGAAGUCUACUCGUCGUGGACUCUUGUUGACACUGAUCAGCGGAUGGUUCAUUGUGAUCUUUAUCGUCGCCAUUGGACCUAUUGCAAUCCAGACUACGAAGAAGCGAGGCCCAUACUUCGGUCCAUCUGGUUAUUGGUGCUGGAUUACGCCCGACUACCCACAAGAGCGCACAUUCUUGGAGUACUUCUUCGAGUUUCUCUCGGCGUUCCUGUCUUUCGUCCUCUAUACGGCUAUCCUUCUAUGCGUUCGAGGAAACCUGAUGCAAAGCAACGGUCGUUGGCGUCUUCGAUUCGUCCCCAAUGGCGAAAGCUGGCAACUGGCCAUCAGUAGGGAUAUCAUUGAUGCCUCUAUGUUCCGUGUUGCUGUACGAAUGGUCUGGUAUCCUGUCUCGUAUAGUAUCCUGCUGCUCCCAGUUUCAAUCGCCCGUCUGAUCGAGUUCGGCGGGCGUGAGGUUCCGUUCUGGGCAACUAUCCUAGCAGACUUUAUCUUCAACCUUCAAGGAUUUGUGAACGUCAUGCUCCUCUUAGGUACUCGCCGUUUCAUUCCCGACACAGCCAGCCUCCCCAUGUUCUCUACGCCUCGAAAAGAGGUCGACUUCUCAUCGUCUGAAGCUGUUGGUAUCACGCCGUUCAUUCUUCCUCCCAAACCUGAACCAACUCAGUUGGACCGUGUUGAGAGUUAUACGUCUAUGGACUCUACGGCGCCUAUGGUGCCGAAACCCAGGUUCUCAAUGAUGAGACCUAUGUCCUGGCAACGGUAAAACUCUGCGUGUAUUAUAGGAAAGAAUGUGACGAGGAAUUCGUUGAAAUGGUGUCUUGAAUGAUAUGACAUUGAACUUGCAAUGUCUAGAAACGGGGACUGUUUUACCCGGUUCACCUUCUUAAGACGUAACGUUCAUCAAAAAGUACAUUCCAUCCUCCUCUGAUCCUAUUACAUCAGCUAUAGUACAAGAGCAUACGAGUAACGGCGAGAGCAACGGUGAAAUCAAUAACGCGCGGCGUCAACGUCAAUGUGUCUGAGCUGACAGUAAUUUGUUCAGCUCUCGGACCCUCUUCUCCCAAUCUCCCACUUCCGAGAGCUUCCCCUCUAGUGCGAUAAUUUCACGGUCUAGUUCCAUACGCUCCUCUGCAGUCCCAACUUGGGACAGUGACCAGGAACCGCUGCCGUCUCCGUUGAUCGUCAGCAGUCGGUUGUGAUACUUCGUCAGAGACGGUCUAUCGAUGCUCCAGGUGUCAGCAAAAGUCUUCAUUAAAAUAUGAUGUAUUUACCGCAGUGAGAUGGUAAUCAAAGUAAUACCAAGCGCUUUGGCGUGCUCGUACAUCCGGCCUUCGACAUCGCUUGAUACGGCACUCGUACAUUCUGCACAACAA